UAUAGCCUUCCGAGUUCCAAAAACCCUUUAUAUAUCGACUACAAAAACCCUUCUUUCUCCCCAAACAUCUCCACAUAAUCUAACAAGUUUCAACAAGCUCCACCGCUAAUACCAGCCUUGUCGCUGUAACCACCGACGUUAGGAUAAGACCACCGCAGGAAUGGCUACCACCCUAAUUCUCAAGCGAAGCACCGCCGCAUCUUCUCACUAUACCAAGAUCUUUAAAUCUAUUCGCUCCGUCUCCGCUAUUCCCUGCGUCCAACGCUCCUUUAACACUAAUGCUUCUCAGGUGUCCGCUUAUGAAGAUUUCCACCGCAGUAUCGAUGAGGAUCGCUCGUCUGGUUCCUCUGGUUUUCGCCGCCGUGACAAUGAUUUUUUCUCAGUUUUUCCAGCGAGAAGCUUCAGCGAGAUCUUUAACAUGAUGGACCAAUUCAUGGACACUCCAUUCAUCUCCGCCUCUCGCGGAGGAGGAUUAGGAGGAAGGCGAGGAUGGUAUGCAAAGGAAGACGACAACACUAUGAAUCUCCGAUUCGACAUGCCAGGUCUGGACAAGGAGAACGUCAAGGUCUCCGUUGAGCAAAACACAUUAAUUAUCAAAGCGGAGGAGGAGAAAGAUUCUGAGGAUGAUGAAGAGGCGCGGCGGAGGUACUCUUCCAGGAUUGAUCUGCCGACGGAUGUGUACAUUCUGGAUGAAAUCAAGGCGGAGAUGAAGAAUGGUGUGUUGAAAGUUGUGCUUCCGAAGGUGAAAACGGAGGAAAGGAAGGAUGUGUUUCAGGUCCAAGUAGAGUGAAUACCUUGAAGAAAAGAUGUUAAGAUAGAGAUUGCAUUAGAUAAUUUUGGAGAGAUAAAUAUUUUCUUUGUUUUCAGGAUUCUGUUUUUUCUAUAUUAGUAUCUUUUAUUUUUUUAUAUGGAUCGGUGAUUUUGGAUUUAUAAAAACCGAUAUAUUUUGCCAAA